UAAAAAUAAGACAAAUAGAACUGUUACAAAAAAGAAGGAUCAGGAAAAUGUAUAACGAUUCAGAAACAAAACGCUUAAAAAAAACAAGUUAAAUAAAAAAAAAAUCUCGUAGCUUUCGCGGGUGUCAGCGAAAAGUUAUAAAUUGAAGUUCAUGUUAACUUUUGGCUAAUUAGGAGUCGUGCUCAGCAUUUCUACAUAGUUACCUGAAAUUGAUAUACCUUUGCAUAAAUGCUUGCUUUCACCUGUAUAACUAUGUAAACAGAAUAAUAAGUAUCUUUACCAUGAAUCCAAACAAGAAAGAUAACAGUGGUUGGAUUCUGUGUCCAUCUAAAAGCUUUCCGGGCAAAUUUUACUAUUUCAAUGUCUUGAAUGGCGCGACUGCUUGGAGUUUGAACGAUACGGAUCAAAAGGCAAUUCGCAAAGACAACAUUCUGCAGAAAGCCGACAAGACUCACACAUUCCCUGAACCUUCGGGUCCACCAGCAGAGUCACCCUCCACUAAUAUAGAAUUGAACAUGCAGAAACAAGCCCCAAUUAUUAUCCGAAGAAAUGACUUUCCACAAACUACACCCGUAUUUGGCCAAGCAACAUUCCCUACAUACAUUUCAAAUGUCAAUCCUUACAUGCAAAAUAUUAUAUGGGCCCCAAUGUUGCCAAUGUUUCCCAAACCGUGGCAGGACCAACGGACACCAUCUUGGGAAUCCAGAGAAGUAUUAGUUGAGACUUGCAAUAUUCCGCUAUCAAAAAGAUUUACUAAUUAUGAAGAACCAAAAACAAACAUGUUUCAACAGGCUGCAAGAUGUCCUCAAUUUUUUGGUCAAUCUAGUCAAAAUGAACAGCCUCUAAAAACUUCUAGUAACAUUACCACUGAGUCCCAAAUAUUUGGGGUUAAUAUUAAAAAUACUUUUGAUCCAAUAAAAAAAGGCCGUCAAAGAACUCAGUCUGAAUCUAAUAGAACAACUUUCUAUGACAAUAUUGAACCAUUAAAGAAAGUUGGAAGGCAAAGGACAUUGUCAGACGACAGUGUAAUUUUUGAAAAGUAUGAUGAGUCUAAAUCAGCUUUUAAUCAAAGUCUCAAAAUUUAUAAACAAAAUAUUGAAUCUUCAGACAUAAUCCAACCAAGAAGUAACUUUGUUAUGCGAAAAUCACUUUUAUAUCCCAAUACAUCUGAAACUAUAAACAAUGGCCACACAGAAAUUAAUGAAAAAGAUCCUUUUGUGAGUAAUUUGGAGAAAUAUGAUCAGAUUGAGAACAAUAAAGGUGACUUUUUGGGAAAUCUUGAUAAAAAUGAUUUGAGACAUACUUUGGUGAGAAAGAGAAGAAUAUCCAUUUGUUUAGGAAGAACAAAUCAUGUUGAUGAAAAUCAGUAUAUGACCUUACAAACUCCUGUGAAGAAACGAGUGAUGUUUGACUUGGACUCCGCCGAAGGAAGCUCAAAAGACCAAGACUCCAGUGAAAAUUUGCCACCAAUAACAAUUGACACCAUGCGUGAUCUAGCUGAACGUUACAAUGGAUAUUGGUACAUAGUUGUAGACUCCGGCGUCUUACUUGACAACUAUGAUUUUAUUGACAAAUUUGUCAAGUUGGAUAAAGAAUGUCGUCUGUUCGUCCCGUACGCGGUGAGGUCGGAAAUAGAAGAGUACAGUUUCGGCGACUGUCGCGGGCAACAGCGAGUCAUUGUCGCGCGACAGCUGACGAGGAAGCUGGCGACACUGCAACAUGUUGUUGUUCAACCGGCAGAGGAUGAAGAUAAAAUUUACACGAAUAUGUCGACUAUAGUCCGAAUAUUGAAUUGUUGUAAAGAAUCAAUGAAACGUAAUGAUCAUGUGGUAUUAAUAACUGAAGACACAAUAUUAUAUGAAAAAGCGAAAACCCUAAAAAUACACUGCUUCAAACUCAAAGACGUCAAAGAUGGCGUCGAUAAAAGCGAUCAGCAAUCGCUUAAAAUCACGUUGAAAAAUGAAUCAACACAAAAUUUGUUUUUGCCAAAAGAAUCUAGUUUUUAUUCUAAUACUAACUCGAAAAUUCCAAUUGACGGUUACAAGAAAACAAUAUUCGAUGAUGAUGCAGUAAAAAAAAACUGUGACGUUCAAACACAUAUUAAAGUUACGACUGAUGCUAACACAUCUCCGAUAAAUUUUGAAGAAACGAUAGUUAAAAAGAAGGAAAAGUCGCGGGAUUAUCUUAAUUUUAACUACGACAGCGAUUCCGAUGCGACAGUUAUAAGUAAAACUAUGGAAAAACUUAUAAUAAAAGAUAAAAAUAGUAAUUUCCUUAAUAAAAAUUCUAAUGACAUUGUUAAAUUAGAUGAUAGAAAAAAAUUGUUUACAUUUCAAAUAAAAAAUAAGAAUCCUCAAAAUGAGCAGAAAAGUGGCCACUUACAAAAUUCGAAAAAAGAAUCCGUUUUCAGCGCACCGAAACAGAAUUUGUUCCUAAUUCAAAAUCAGAAGGUAUCUGGCCAGAAUGAAAUUCAAAGUAUUCGAACCGAUAAUUUGAAGGAAAAGUUUAAAAAGUCAAUAGGGGAUAAGGUUAAGCAAAGGUUUCAAGUGAAAAGCAAGUUUAUGGUGGACAACAUAAGGUCUAAUAUCGAUGAAUGGAUUUGUACUUUUCGGCAGAUAAUGGAAUAUGGCUUAUCUUCAUAUUUACAGAGUUCCUUACAGAAGAAUUCCUCUGAAAUCCCCCUCUGUCUUCUCCCGCCCUGGACGCUGCAUGAAGCAGUGACGUGCGUCAGAAAAGUGGUUGAUGCUCGUGGCGUGUGGAAAGUCACCGUUGUAGCUGAUGAGUUGUCACUGUUGCUGCUCAAUAACUGCUGCAAACGAGGUGAACUUAAAAAGGAUAUCAAGCCAGAAAAGUUAAUGUGUGUCUUUGGCUGUGGCGUCUUACUGGUUGAACUGUUGCAGUCGACAGUCACUUCGCAAGCGCUAUCGGACACCCAACAGCUGCUAUACGAUAUGUUACACAGAAUACAACACGGCUCUGAAGAGGUUGACCUGAUUCGUACACCAGUACUACGCAGAGAAUACGGAGACGAGCCUAACAGACAUAAUUUUCCGAAGAAAAAAAUUGACAUAAUCCAAUAUUUAAAGAAUCACUUUCCGGCGUGGCAAAGUUAUGUGGAGUCUUCUACACAUGAUGAAGUGAUAACACAAAACGACAAAAAAAUCGUGCGCACCUUUGGCCGCAAUUUAAAUCUAUUGACCAUAGACAAUACAAAAUCUAUGACACUGAAAGAAUCGCCCGACAACGCUGGCGAAGUAAAAGAAACAAAAUUAUCUAGACAAUCUUCAGAAGUAAACUUAUCAGAGAACACACAAAUCCAUUCACAGAGUACGAUCAAACUUAAUGAACCGAAAAUAAUAAGGCUUUUCGAUACGAACAUGCCGUUGGCCAAGAAAAAUUCUCAUGCCAUAGACAUAAGCAUGACUCCAAAGCAUGGCAACACUUUUGACGAUAUAAAAGAAACAGACGGACCGAAAGUUGUCAGAAACAUGAACCCCAUUGAAGAAUUCGAAAAUAAAUUACAAUCUAAAAAUGAUGAAAUUGAUUUCAAUAUUAAUGCUUGUGAUUUAUCAUUAUCUGAUAUAUCAUUGUGUACAAGCGUUGAUAGAAUUAAUGAAAAAUAUCACACAAUUGACGAUGUUAAAAAAGCGUUUAAUGAUGACGAAAAUUGUGAACUAAAUAAUUCUAUGGAGAUAAGACGCGAUUCAAUUAAUGACAGAAACUCAUUUAAUUCGCUAUCACUUAAUGACAAUAAGGAGUAUAGAGAUCAGAAUAAUGACAUAGACAAACCUAAUGAUAGCUCGACCAGUGACAGUGGGUUUGUGAAUGAGAACAACACGUAUACAUUAGUACAAACAUUCUUGAGUGAACUCAGCGGUUCUAUGAAGUCGAUUUAUGGUUUUAUAGACGACAGUAUGGCGGAGUUUCGAAAGAAGGAAAUAGAGAGUGACAAAAAGAGAUCAAUAUUCGAUAAGGCGUCCGUAUCUCACUUACAUUUGUCUGGGAUCAUUUAUAAGCUGAAAUGCAUCGUCCAAAGGGAAUCCGAUGAGGUGACUCCUCUAAAAGAGAUUUUAUUGAAAGCUGACAUGAUGGUACUUGGGGACAUACGGCUGAUGAAAUACAGGCAAGUUGUUAUGAAGUGUCUGGAACAAGCGCAAUUGUUAGAAGCUGCCCUCAAAAUACUUCUAGCAAUAACUGAAGGGAAUUAUGACGUCGCGUACUGUACAGACAGACAGACAUUUUUGAAUAUAUUCGAAUAGAGACGUAUAUUAAAUGAAUAUAUAUAUAUACAUAUAUUUUUUUAAGGGAUUGCUUCACCGCUUGCUGACAAAGUAUCUGAUAACUACACUAGAUGUUGCCCGGGGCUUCGCUCCCGUGGGAAUUUUGAGAUAAAAUAUAGCCUAUAGCAAUCUUGGAUAAUGUACAUUUCUAAUGACGAAAGAAUUUUUGAAAUCGGUUCGGAAGUUUCUAAUAGUAUUGAUGAAUGUCUUCAAAGAUGAUAUGCGUGACAACGACCGUGCGAAGUGGAGACGGAAAAGUAGGAAAGCGGACCCUGGGCUCCGACGCUCAACAGCUAAGGAAAAAACCGGGAAAACACUCAGGCGAAACAGAGAACUUAUACAUUUGGAGCGUCAAAUAUUUUGUUUGAAAAGUUUCAAAUAACUUCAGGCAGAUAUUCUAAUAGUUUAACUGUCAGUUAAUAAUAUGAUAUUUUAUCAGAAAGUGGUGAUAUGUCAUUAAUAUUUUUGUAUGAAAAAACAUUCUUAGGUGCCCGUUAGGUGAUUUUUUUUUCGGUGCCCAAAAUGGCAUACGUCCAAUCAGUCAACGUGCUCUUGUACACGGUAUUUUUUUGAUGAACUUCACAAAUUGAUUUAAAAAAUUACCCUAACAUCCAAAAGUUUAUGAUAAAAUGGUAUUAGUUUUAAGUGAUAAGUGAUUAAAAUCAUAAAUCAAUUGAUUGCAUUUUAAGAUACACGUAAAUAAGAUACACAUAUCUUAACUAAGAUACAUGUACCUUAAAUUAUUAGAUAUAAAACUUAUUGGCUAAUUUAAUAAUAAUAAUUUAACACAUUAAUGUUAACACAGUUCGACAUUUUUAUUAGUCAAUAAAAGUCGUAUAAUAUAUAUACAUAUAUAUUUAUUUUAUCUGUACGAUAAGAAAAUAAUGUUCCUAUAUUUUGAGACUGAAUACUAAACAAAACUAACUACUUACCCUCAUAAAAAAUCUAUUUUAGUUAAAAAAUUGUUUUGUUUCUUGGUUUCAAUGUGAAGUGAGAGACAAUUUUUUAAAUUGAAAUGAGUUGUUAUUGUUAUUAUGAUAAGCCUAUUCAUAAAAAUGACAUUUCGCUAUAUAGCCUUAAGAUAACGGCUCGGAAAUUAGCUACGAGCUGUCAAAAAAAUGCCAUUAAAAAAAUACGAGGAGUUACUUUAGUGGGCAGAAGCUUUU